CUAUCAGCUGAGGUGUUUGUCUUUGAGAUCACUGCGGAGGAGAGAAGGGGUGUAGUUAGAUCCAGAGGAAGAGGAGAGUGGCUUUAGGAAGUGGGAGGAAAAAAUAUUUUUCUGCAAAGAGGAGGCAAGUGAGAAGAAAGCAGGAGCAGACACCACACUUUUGGUCAAACAUGUGCUUCCAUCUGGUGAUGUUGCUUCUCUGUUUCCCCCAAAUAGAAAUGACCAAUGUUUGGGUUCAGCAGCAGACAGGUGACUGGUAUAGAAGGACUUCACAAGACCAGGGAGAGGACAGACCCCAGAGAUCAUCCAUGGACCACACCAGGAAAAGCAUGGGAGUUCUGGGUGGAGAAGUAACCAUCAACACUUUGCCUGACAACAUGACAAGGAUUGCGGAUUCUGCCAAGUAUUACACGUGGAGAUACUUUGGCACCAAGGACCAGCGCACUCGUGACCUCUGGGUUGACAUGAGCGAUCCACGACACGGCCAAGUUAGAGACCAUAGCCUUCUGUCAAAUUCAUACAAGCAGGCUGUGAGGGUUGCCUUGUCUUUCACCUUUCCUUUUUAUGGACAUCACCUGAGGCUGAUUACCAUAGCAACAGGAGGAUUCAUCUUCACGGGAGAUAUUACACACCGUAUGCUGACCAUGACACAGUACAUUGCGCCUCUAAUGGCAAAUUUUGACCCCAACUACUCUAAGGAAUCAACAGUGAAAUACCUGGAUAAUGGAGAAGUGUUUGUGGUCCAGUGGGGGAACGUCAGGCUUUCAGGCAGAGAGUCAGAGGGCGCUUUCACAUUUCAAGCAGCACUUUAUAGAACUGGAACGAUCACUUUCAGCUACCAAGAAAUACCUUUGUCAUUGGACACAAUGGGAUCUGCUGAACAUCCAAUAAAGGUCGGUUUGUCAGAUGCUUUCAUGGUCACGCCAUCAUCUCCUCAGUCACCAGCUCAGCAGAUCUACGAGUAUCAUCGGGCUGAAAUAGACAUCACAAAGCUAACCAGUUAUUCUGCUGUUGAGUUUACACCACUGCCUUCCUGUCUUCAACAUGACAGUUGUGAGCUCUGCCUCUCAUCCAAAGAAAGCUUAGGCUGCAGUUGGUGUCAUGUUCUCCAGAGGUGUUCAGAUGGGAUGGAUCGACACAGGCAAGAGUGGUUGGAUUAUUCAUGUUCAGAAGAGAGCAAAAAUGCGACCUGUGAUGACUACAGUGAUGACAGCUACACUGGUUCAUCUUACACUCCAGAGACUGAGCGCAUGACGUUGUUGCCUCCUCCACAAGGCUGUAAGAAUGAGGAGGUUAAAACCAACAUUUCCCCCAAGAGUAAAGGACGGGCAAACACUGGGGUGAUAGCUGGUGUGGCAGCGGCUCUGGUGCUGCUUUUGGUUCUAAUACUUGUUGCUCUUUACAUCAGCUGCCAUCCCACUAUGUCUUCAUCGCUGUACCUCACCCAGAGACGCAAGAGCUACUGGCCCUCCUUGAAGUUUCAGAAGAAGCAACCUGGUUACACAGAAGUGGAGAGAGAAGGUCAAGAAAAAUACUGUUUUGUUGAAGCUUGACCAUUAUCAGAUAUUUGAUAAGCUUGUUUGGGAUCUAAGUGAUUACAUAUUAAGUUUGGGAAAUGACUUAGAAUUUACUUGUUAUAAAACUUCAAAUAUCUGAAACUGAUUGAAAAGAUUUGUGUAAUAUGUAUGUUCCUAAAGGUUGGAAACUUUUUCUGUUUGAAGGUAUAAGGUUGUCUAGAAGGUGGAAAUUGAAGAACACAUAAAAAAAUAGACCAGGGGUCUGCAACCUGAGGCUUUGGAGCCAAAUGUGGCUCUUUUACCCCUCCAAAGUGGCUCUCUGGCUAAAAAUAAUCAUAAAAUAAUAACCUUCAUGGUUGAGGUGCACCUAGAAGUAAGAAGAACUAUGGUAAGGUUUCACAUCCCUACUGACAUCAAGUGGCUUUGUUCGCUCUAUGCUUCAUCCAGAAUGCACAGAUUUCAAAUACUAAACAAAACCUUGGUAAAAACUAACAAUGGUUAGGAGUUGUCCAGACGGGAAUUGCUCUAUUUGUUUAUUCUUUGUAUACUCUUUCUGCUGGAUCAAAAACCAAUAAAGUCAUGUUUAUGUUCAAGUUGAGGAAAAAGGAUGAUGCCUACCAAAGUAGACCAAUGGUACAACAAAUAAAAACAAAGCCAUUUUUAUAAA